UUGACAAGCUCCGUGCUGAACUGCUAAAGAAAGUCGAAGUCAUAACAGACUGCCAGCGUGUCGAAAAAGAAAUUAGCCCCGGGGAAAUAUUGAACCGCAUUGAAAACGUUAUCCUUGGAAUAGUGACAAGUCUUUCCAGAGAUGAGGCCCCUGUCCUGGCACUGCCCGACAGAUCCAACUGGGACAACACCAGUUUUGACAGUUCCAUCGGGCUUCAAAUGAAUUUAGGAAGUUCUGUCACCACCGUUAGGAGCGACUGUCCGGUGUCUGUGGAUAAAUUUGCACAAAUCAUGAAGAUUUUCAUGGUCAUCUACAAACUUGUGCAGAGCAACUCCUAUGCAACCAAAAGAGACAUCUAUUACAACGAUACACAGCUGUUUGGUUCACAGAGAAAUGUUGAUAUGAUUGUGGAUGAUAUCUCCUGCAUGCUAAAGGUUCCUCGCAGAUCUCUACAUGUGUUCUGCCCUCCUUCUCUCUGCUCCCUUCAUGGCCUGCUGGCUGAAGGCUGCGUGUCUCCCAUCCUGGCCUUCAGCCUCUCACCUCCUCCACCACCCCCUGCCCUACAGACACAUACCCACGCACACACACACAAACCUCCUGAGCCCUCUGCGUCUCUGGCCCAGGUCUAG